AUGGCGCGGCAUUUCGUGCUCAACACCGGCGCCAAGAUCCCCUCCGUGGGGCUCGGCACCUGGCAGUCUGACCCGGGCGUCGUCGGCAACGCCGUCUACGCCGCCGUCAAGGCGGGCUACCGACACAUCGAUUGUGCCAGAGUUUACGGCAAUGAAAAGGAGAUUGGUGUGGCUCUGAAGAAGCUAUUUGAAGAGGGUGUAGUGAAGCGAGAAGAUCUGUUUAUCACCUCUAAGCUAUGGAAUGAUCAUCAUGCUCCUGAAGAUGUGCCUGAGGCACUAAAUGAAACCCUGAAUGAUUUGCAGCUUGAGUACUUGGAUCUUUAUCUUAUCCAUUGGCCAUUUAGAGUCAAGAAGGGAACAAACCACAGUCCAGAAAAUUUUGUUACACCUGACAUCCCUGCUACUUGGGGGGCAAUGGAGAAGUUAUAUGAUGCUGGCAAAGCUCGUGCUAUUGGUGUGAGUAACUUCUCCUCAAAGAAAUUGGGUGACUUGCUUGCUGUGGCUCGUGUACCUCCUGCUGUUGAUCAGGUGGAAUGUCAUCCUGUUUGGCAGCAAACUAAGCUCCAUAGCUUUUGUCAGUCAACUGGUGUUCAUCUUACUGCUUACUCACCACUAGGUUCACCUGGUACAACUUGGAUGAAUAGUAAUGUCCUUAAAGAACCAAUAGUCAUCUCAAUAGCUGAGAAACUUGGGAAAACUCCAGCACAAGUGGCUCUGCGCUGGAACAUUCAGAUGGGUCAUAGUGUACUUCCAAAGAGCACGAACGAAGAAAGGAUAAAGCAAAACCUUGAUGUUUAUGAUUGGUCAAUUCCAGAGGACUUGCUUGCAAAGUUCUCUGAGAUUAAGCAGGCUAGGCUACUUAGAGGCAACUUCCUUGUUAAUCCAGCGAGCGUUUACAAGACCCAUGAGGAGCUCUGGGAUGGUGAAAUUUAG